AUGGGAGAAGUAGCCGACGGGAGUUGUGUUGAAGAAUUAGAUAUUCAUAAUCAAACAAUAUCUAAAAGCGCCCAACAAGACCAUCAACAAGUCGUCACCAUUAAUGAAUCCACCACAGAAACUCAAUGCACAAGGAGUUAUUCCACCGCUAGUUUAGGCAUUAAUGAUGAGGUCGUGUUGAACCCACAACCACAAGACACUUGGCUUCCCAUCACAGAAUCAAGAAAUGGCAACGUGUGUUCUUCUGUGUUCCAUUUAAUUUCUUCAGGAAUCGGAUUCCAAGCUCUGUCACUUCCAAUUGCACUCGCCACACUUGGAUGGACAUGGGGAAUCAUAUCUUUGUCACUAGCAUAUACAUGGCAGCUUUACACGAUAUGGCUUCUAGUCCAACUGGCAGAAUCAGUCCCUGGAACUCGCUACAGCCGAUACCUCCACCUUUCAAUAGCCGCCUUCGGUCCAAAACUAGGAAAGUUGCUUGCUCUAUUUCCUGUGAUGUACCUAUCAGGAGGAUCAUGUGUGAUGCUAAUUAUCACAGCUGGUGGGUACAUGGAGACGUUUUACAAGAUUUUGAGUGGUGAUGAAGCCAUGUCAUUCAGUGGCAUAUUAUGCUUCUUGGUCUUCACUUACAUAGCCAUUACUAUAGCUCAAUUGCCCAACUUGAAUUCUAUAACCAAGGUCUCAAUGCUUGGAGCAAUCACAGGAAUUGCAUCUUCUACUCUAAUUUGGGCCCUGCCCAUCAGCAAGGGGAAACCCAGUGGAGUCUCUUACCAACCCACAGAGAUGGGAGAAUCAGGAAUGGUGAAGUUUGGCGGUAUCUUCAACGCCAUUGGGAUCAUUGUGCUCGCAUUUAGAGGUCAUAAUCUUGUUCUUGAAAUACAGGGAACAUUGCCUUCUAACCAAAACCAUAAAUCGUCUAAGCCAAUGUGGAGAGGUGUAAUAAUUUCAUAUCUAAUAAUAGCAAUGUGCUUAUUCCCGCUUGCUAUAGCUGGAUUUUGGGCUUAUGGAAACCAGAUUCAAACAAAUGGAGGAAUGUUACAAGCAUACUUGCAGGUUCAUGGAGAUAACACCUCAAAAUAUGUGAUGGGUUUGAUAUAUCUUCUAGUUCUGAUAAACUGCCUUACUACAUUCAACAUCUACGCGAUACCAGUUUUCGACAACCUGGAGAUGAGAUACACCCUGGUGAAGAAGAAACGGUGUCCAGAUUGGGUUCGGGUAGGUUUCCGGCUCUUCUUCGGAGGCUUGGCAUUCUUUUUAGCAGUGGCAUUUCCAUUCUUGAAAAGCUUGUCAGCUCUAAUUGGAGGAAUUGCAUUUCCUUUGACGUAUGUUUAUCCAUGUUUCAUGUACAUUUUCAUCAAAAAAACCCGCUCAAAUGGUGCUAUUUGGUGCAUUAAUUUAGGACUUGGUUGCUUAGGAACGAUUUUGAGCGUUUUGUUAGUUGUUGCAGCGCUUUGGAACUUGGCUACCAAAGGCUUAAAUGCCAAUUUCUUUAGGCCUUAG